CGCGUCAUUCUCAGACCUUUACUGAAGAUCGCAUCAUCUCUUUGUCGCUGUUCGAUUCGCACGUUAGCCAGACACAGAAACUUCGUGCUGAGAGGAGCUGGAUGAUCAAAAUACGGAUAUUUGAUAUGCAGCAUUUGUAAAACGGACACAAGCGAAGGGUCUGUGCAGUAUUCUGUCGGAAACGCCAACUAUUAAAGUCGUGCAGAUUUUUAUAAGGCACUUCGUCGGGUCAGCCGUGGAUUUGCUUAAGCCUUUCUGGAUCUGUUGGGAGAGAACAUUUAGAAUUCCCUGAAUAUGUUUGAGUCCAGUGCACGUUGAAGAUUACAGCAUGAGUCGACGGAUAUAAAAUUUGGAAGAAAGAGGAGAAAUAGACGGACAACAGGCUUUGUUAGACCUUAAAUGUUUGAAAUCGGAUCAAGGAUUGUGUGGAUUAUUUGUGAAGAAAACCAGGACGAGCUUGGCUUUCAAUGGAUCUGUUUUCAACUAGCAGUUUAUUCUUAUUUACAGUCUAGAGAUAACGUCAGACUUACAGACGUUAAUCGGCAUCAUUUAGGCUGCGUAUACUUUAUAUGAUGUUUUCAAACAUUUAGGAAGGAACAUUACGGAUGAAGCGUUAAUUGGGUUUCCAUUUAGCACCCAAAACCGGUCACAGUUUAUCUGCUGCUGCUCUCCCAAUUUAGUCUUGUACUGCCAGCCACGUUUAAACGACCAUAAUUUUUAAACUCUCAUUUGUUAUCAGGUACCAUUUCAAACAGUGAUAUUAAGUGGUGCUGUACAGAAAAGCCCCAAGAAGUACAUUACAUUAUUUUUUGUGGGGUUUACUUUUUUUUCCAAAUUAAAGACUGGCGUAUGCUACAGAUUGCCUUUGCUUCUCUUGUUCCCCGUUUUUCCAUCAUAUUAUCUCAGGCUGCUUGUCAUUGCCUGGACUCGGAUCCCGGAAUCUUCAUGAUUUGCGGACAUCAUGCUCGUUUUUUAGCCGGGAAACCCUCUUUUCGUCCCGCAUGUUCAGGACCAAACGAUCGGGGCUCGUCCGGCGACUCUGGAGGAGCCGCGCGCCCGUCGAGGGCGACGGGGAGGCGGAUAGUAGAACGCAUGGAUCCGGGGGUUGCUGCAUGGGUAAAUCUACUAAGGCUGCCAAAUCUAACCCCGGAACAGAGGCUGAAUUGAAAGCAUUGACCCAUUCGAUCCUGAAAAAAAUCAAAGAGAAACAAUUAGAGGUGCUCUUGCAAGCGGUAGAGUCGAAGGGGGGUGCUAGGAGCCCCUGUCUUCUCCUACCCAGCAAAGUGGACACCAAAUUGGGUCAACAGUCUUAUUCCCUUCCUUUGCUGCUUUACAAAGUGUUCAGGUGGCCGGAUCUCAGACACUCCUCGGAAUUAAAGAGGCUAUCUUGCUGUGAAUCCUAUGGGAAAAUUAACCCAGAACUCGUUUGCUGCAAUCCGCAUCACAUGAGUAGGCUUUGUGAACUAGAGUCGCCCCCUCCCCCUUAUUCCCGAUAUCCAAUGGAUUUUCUUAAACCACCCGCUGAUUCUCCAGACUCUGUGCCUACUUCCACUGAAACUGGGGGAACAACAUACUCAGCCCCUGUGGGGCUUUCAGAUUCCCAGGCUCUUCAGGAGUCAGGUGAGCAGGCCCACUGGUGUGUGGUGGCGUACUGGGAAGAGAAAACCCGUGUUGGCCGGCUCUAUUCGGUCCAGGAGCCUUCCCUGGACAUCUUCUAUGACCUACCUCAGGGGAACGGCUUCUGCCUGGGUCAGCUCAGCUCAGACAACAGGAGCCAGUUGGUUCAGAUGGUGCGGGCCAAGAUCGGCUACGGCAUCCAGCUAACGCGGGAGCAGGAUGGCGUCUGGGUGUAUAACCGCAGCUGCUACCCUAUCUUCAUCAAGUCAGCCACACUGGACAAUCCUGACUCACGGACGCUACUGGUUCACAAAGUGUUCCCCGGCUUCUCCAUAAAGGCCUUCGACUUCGAGAAGGCCAACAGUCUACAGAGACCCAACGAUCACGAGUUCACGCAGCAACCCCGGACGGGUUUCACCGUCCAGAUCAGUUUCGUUAAGGGCUGGGGCCAGUGUUACACCAGACAAUUUAUCAGCAGCUGCCCCUGCUGGCUGGAGGUUAUAUUCAACAACCGAUAGCAACAAGCCCCACCUCUUGUUUUUUUUCCUUUGGUCGCCAUGGACACAGACUAGCCCUUACCUUCUUUCAGACUCUUUUUUUUUUUUUUUUUCAGUUUUUGUGAGUGAGGAAGAAGUUCUUCAGAAGAUGUUUUGGAAAAAAAAAAAGAAAACCUCCCCAAUGACUUGUUUAAUAAAUGACUAAGAUUUAAUUAAGUGAAAUAAAAGCUAAAAUGUAUUUUAUGUUAUAUAUAAAUAUAUUAUUACGUGUAAAUAUGAAGACGUU